UAACCCGUGCAUUCAAAGUGCUAUCAUAGUUGUUAUAUCGUGCGUGCUGCGUGAUCUGCUGCUCAAGGUGCUGCUGCUGCUGCUGUUGUUGUUGUUGUUGUUGUUGUUGUUAUUAUUAUUACUGCUGUUGCUGUUGGCACUGUCGCUUCGUAAGUUUCAAAUCGUUAGAGUAAUAGUUGCGGGGCAAAUCUUACUAGUGUGUUAGCAAUUAUGCUGUUCUGGUUGGUGUUGUCACAGCAUCAGCAGCAGUUACUGCUGCUGCUACUGUCGUUUCGAUGUGUUGGCAAGCAGCUGCAAUGAAAACAGAUGUGGCGCUAAAGAAUGAUACUCAAGCUCAUGUACGCUGUCGGCGUUACGGCAGCUGGUGUUUUGUAAACUGUAAUCGUUUUUGCCGUUUGGAUCACCGUUGUUGUCGCUGCAAAACGCAGAGCUCCGCUGUUCGAGCUGCUGCCACUGCUGAGUGGUGCUCGUGUUGGCCAGAAAAACAGCAGCGACAUCGCUAGCAGCCGCUACCGGGGGAGCGGCCGCAGUAAGUACGGAGGGAAAAGCAAGGGCAAAAACAGAAACAACACUGACUAGUCCGCCGUCGGCGCCGCGCCGCCGCCGCCGCUACUGCUGCUGCUGCUGCUGCUGUUGUCGGGCCGAUCACCGUUGCAGUGGCUAUCACAUAAACAAACUUUCAACCUCCACAACAACUUUCUGACUAAAAAUAACAUCAACUAGAACAACAACGACGAUGACAAUAGCAACAACUAGAACAACAAAAACAAUAAUAUCAACAACGACAAUGACGACGGCCUCAGCCAUAUAACGAGCAAGCGGGACAGUGCGAUUGCCACGCAACGCAGCGAACGUCAUCGUCAGCGAAAGGCAUUGCUGCCACACAUCGCACUAAAAAAACAAAACGAACCACAAAAGAAAUUAUCGCAGUGAGUGUUGUUAUUUUUUUUUUUACUUAUUAAAGUGCCGGUCGUUGGUUGUUUGAAUUGGUUCGUUCGUCAGUGCUUUUAGCGGAUAAGUUUAUUUGUGUCGGUUGUGUAUACCUAUCAUCUUGUUUGACUAUCGCACUAUCGUCAGUUGCGAGUAUUAUUCGCGAAGCGAAAAAAGCAGCAAAAGAGUGUGACCAAUGCGAGGAAGGAAAGGGGCAGUAAAUACUGAACGCUUUGGCAAAAAAGAGCCGUUGCAUGAAAUUAAAAAGCAGUGAUAGUGUCAAUUACCAUUGUUCGGAAGUUCGCCCGCGGCACCCGGCUCCCAUGCGGUGGUAACAUCGACACAACGAGUGUAGAAAUCAACAAGAUGUAAAGUAGAUUAGCGAGCACCCGAGAGCGCAUCGUUGAUUUCAUCGAUGGAAGACAAUAGUAGAACAUCAAGCGUAGGAAGUGUCAAGCAGGUACUGGGCGUAGAUUAGCGGACGACUAAACGAAGUAGCAAGAGAACGAAUACGGAAGAAAUCAUCUGUGGUUUGACGUAAUCAUGCUGUAAAAACGCCGAACGUGACAAACUACGGACUUUAGCGUUAGUAGCGCUCCGAACAGCAGCAGCGGGGCCGUAUGGCAUCUGUAUCGACUAUAGGGCCGGCGGCGGGGCCUUCUUUGGUAGGAGGCACCAGUAUGGAGGACUGUUCACCACCACGGGCUUCGCUAGGAGGGGAGCGGAGAGGUGGGGGUUCACCGUUGGCGCUCGUCUCGCCCCCUUCACCUGCAUCUGGGGUCUCUCAGGGAUCGGUCUCAGCCGCCGCCGCAGCUGCAGCGGCCCACCCAAAAGUGACACACCAACAACAGCAACAUCAUGAGGCAUUCGCUGCUAUGAACGCAUCACAAGCAGCACUUUUCGGCAGUUGUCAAUUAGCAGCACAGGGUGGUCUUUUAGGCGGCCUCGGUGGUAUCGGCGGUCUGGGAAGCCCUGCAACCUUCUUUCCUGCUGGUCUCGACCUCGCUGCUCACCUUCAGCUUCAGCGGCAGUAUAAUUCUUCACUAUCAUCGCUUCAGCAGCACUUGCAGCAGCAGCAGCAGAGUAGCGGUCCAUCGUCGCAGCCGGCGUCACUGCCGCCUUCCGGGGGUGGAAGCCAACAGCCACAACAGAUGGCAGCCGCCGCCGCGGCAGCGGCCGCAGCAGCUAGUCCCUUCAACCCGACACAAUCCCCUUUACUCAGUCCAUUCUUCGCUUCCAGAUUUUUUGCCCAACCAUCCUCUCCUUCGCCCCCAUCAGCCUCUCCCCUAAAAAUUAAAAAGGAAGAUGGUGCUGGAGGAGGAGGAGCAUUUCAACCCAUCGUCUUACAACAUGACGACACCCCAUCACCGAAGUUUGCUCGCAUAGAUUAUUUAUCGGCGGCUAGCACAAGCUCAGGCUUACCUGCUACGCCAUCGACCUUAUCAAGCCCGGGCUCGGAUUCAUUUGCUUCGUACCGCGGGCAUCAUAAAUUAAGUCAAGCUUCCUCCGGUCCAGACAGCGUGUCGGGCAGUAACUUACUGUUGAAAGGCGAAUCUCCAACGCAACUUCCUCCGCCUGGGCUUGCCCAUUUCAAGCGAGGGUCGAUUAUUCGUCUCGCAGACGGCAAGUUGCGUACGGUGGAACAAGUAAGCACCGAAGACCUUGUGCAAAGCGCAGAAGCAACACCCGGAGUUCAACUUGAUUCAUCUCGAGUACUUCGUUUGGAGCCCGCGCAUCAAUCACAUGCUAUUCUGAUCACAUUUGCCGUUGCGUCUAGUAAACAGGAGGUGUCGGUGGAAUCGCCUGUAGAUCGUCCAUUUUUCGUGUUCAAUCGCGGCUGGAGUUCGUGCGAUCCACCAAAGACUCUUCACAAGCUCGGCCUACAGUGCCAUAAACUGCAACCGGGUGACAUCUGCGUCACUCUCAGUAAAAACGUAUCGGCAAGCGUUGUUAGUAGUGGGGCACACGCAAGCGGCGUUGGUGCUGGAAGUCUCUCGGAAGAGGAUAGCCUAAACGACCUUAGAAGAUAUCCUUCAGCAGUUAAGGGCAAUCGCCGAUGGUCAGCUCCAGAUCCUCCCACAGCUCUCGGGGGCAACAAUUCGACUACCCCUGGAGCAGUUUCUGCUGUCCCUGAUAAUAGCAACUAAUAAGUUGCUGCUAUUAAAUAUAAAUUAAUGAUAUGUAUUAUUAACUGAGUCGGCAAUCAGUGCUUAUGGGUGAAAAAGUUUGUAUGUUUCUACAGCGCAAAGAGCUCUGUAUUCUUUGAAAAUUUCUUUGAACGAUUAGUGUAGUCACCGGAUAAAAAGGAGCAACCAUUAGGACUAAGAUCUUAGUAAGUCGAGGAGGGCUUCCAGUCAAAAAUAGCACGUCAUGAUUCAGAAUAAACCAAUAACUUAAAAGGAAAGGAACGAUAAGUAAAUUAGCUACUACAUAUAUAUAUAUAUAUAUAUAUAUAUAUAUAUAUAUAUAUAUAUAUAUAUAUAUAUUGUAUGUUUAGCCAAGAACGAAAUAUUUAAUUAAAGCUGAAAAAGAACACCAUCGGCGACUGGGCAAUGGCUAUAACACUAUGGUUUAGCGCCUACUUUGACUAUAGAUGUUAGUAAGGAGCGCAUAUCAUGUACAUAUAUGUCUAUACUGCAUGCGUCUCUUAUUGGGUACGUAUGUAUACAUUGUAUGAUAACGAUUAUAAUGAUUGGUGAUUGUGCUGUCACGUUCAACUGUUUGCCUAUAUGAACAUGGGAUACAUACAGUAUUCACACAGAGGAGCUGCGUGCAAAAAUGUAUGUUUCUAGCAGAUACGGUGUGCCAUGUAAACAUAGACAUAUGUAAGUAUUCACAGAUGACUGAUCUAGAGUUUACAUACGUUGACACAAGGAACAAUGUAAAGUGAGUGCCCAUAAUCAAAAGAAAACAAUACAGAGUAUUGUUCUUUCAAACAGUUGCGCGAGGGUUUAGCAACCGAAAACAGCAGGUGCUAUUAACAUAACGAAAACAUUUCGUUUGGGUCGCAUAGACGUGUACUUGGGGUCGUAAAAUUGGUACCUUGACCGUAAAGCUCUAAUACAGAGGAUCAUUCGACUCGAAUGAUGAGCCGCUAUGUCGGUCGUCCGCAGUUUAGCAAAUGUUUGGACAUAAUUUGUUAUAUGAUUUCGCGGCGUGCAAAAUCGUUAAAGUUUUUCUAGCAAUUUUUACUGCAAAAACGCCCCUAGCUAGGGCUGUAGCUGCUGCCCGUGCCACAAGGCUGGUUCGUUGAAUGGUGCUCGGUAUUAAAUCAAUCGCUUUUUGAUACAACUCAAUAAGUCUCGUGCAAUGACAAUAAAUGCUACGAAGUCAUUGCAUAAUAGAAGUUAUUUAAGUUUAUUGACUACAGUAAAAUGACUAGAUUUCGCACUGAGUGCCAUAAAGUUUCCAUGGAUAUAUUCUUCUUUUCUGGAUUGUUCAUUUUUCAUUUGACCGGCGGAACGGGCGCUCGUCGGAUUUGAUGGCUGGCUAUCGUCGAAGUCGUCGUAUUGUCCGCUGCUGCCGUUAUUCUACAUUGUUUCAUCAAUGACGUAGUACGUAAACGUUGAAUGUACCUUUUCUUUACUCUUACAAAUUCAUUGACAAGGUAGAUCGGGUAGGAGAAUUUACUGCUCUUUGCGACAACAUAUGAGCUUGGCCAUAUAAAACAUUCACGACGAUAAUACUACCAUUACUGAACGAAGUGCAAUCAUCGCCGUCGUUUGUAAAGCGUCCAUAGACUACAGUGAUUCGGCCGUGGCAGAGUUUGCGGACGAAUAGGACAGCCAUUGUUGUGCCUGUUGCUAGUGUUAUCGUACGUGUGAGACGCAUGCUUACCGUUGCCGUUAAGAUUAUGGGGUGCAAUAUAGCGGACUUAUAUGGCUCGUCAUGACCUGAUGCAUCAAUGACAUAAAUCAUGUCACAAUUAAUGCCUCACUAGAAUUGACGCUCGUACUGGGCAGAUACGCUUAUACAAUGAAGCUUGCCGGGUUGAAGAAUGACCACUGGUGAUAGCUCGUUGCCUAGGCAAAAAAAACGGAUCAAGUCGCAAGGAUGCGAACGUUCAUGAGGGAUCAUCGUAUAUAUACACACAAUAAUGGUAAUGGCAACAAGAUGACAACGUCUUUGUCUUUGUAUUGUGAAGAUCUCAGCUGCUGCAGCGAAUAGAAGAAUAACAAGUGACAAAGUAACUGAAUGAACUACGGAGGGAUUACGGAAACACUGAAUAAGAACUAACUUAUUUACACCAACGGUUGUUAUCAGCAGUAUAUAAAAAUAAAAAUGUACCAUGUAUGUAAAUGA